AUGGCUCGAAUACAACAACACACAAACACCGCAAAAUCAAAACCCUCUAAACGCUCAAAGUCCAAACCGCGAUCCCUCAAAGCAGGCCGCCCUCCACUACUCUUCUCCUCGACGACCUCAGACAUUGACAUUUCAAAGCCCACAGCCAAGGACACAGCCAAGGACACAGUCAAGGACACAGUCAAAACCACCACCAAAGCCAAAGCCACAUCCAGUGCACGGCCGACCCUCUCAUCAAGACACACCCGCACCCUCAUCAACACGCACCACCUCCUGCAAAAGCGGCUGGCAACCGCCCGCGCCCGCGGCGACACAACCCAGAUCCAGGCCCUCGAAGCCCAGCUCGCAGCCCAGGGCGGGCUCAAGGCGUACCAGCUCGCCAGCCGGACAGGACAGAGCCGCGACCGCGGAGGCGAUUCCAGCAGACAGCUCGUCCGCUGGCUCGACGGGGAGGUGACGGCGCGGAGGGAACGGAGGGAAACGCUCCGAGCACGACUACGAGGCAGUGGCACGAGAGGCCAACAUGUACACAGCCACGAUCACGAUCACGAUCACGAUCACGCCAACGCCAAUGCUCACGCCCUCCUUCACAUCCUCGAAGUCGGCGCCCUCAGCACGGACAACGCGCUCAAUAUCCCCGACAUCACCGCCGUGAGGAGGAUCGACCUGCGCAGCUCCGGCCCGGGGAUCGAAGAGGUCGAUUUCAUGCAUCUGGAUCUGCCCACCCGCCACCACGAUCCGGGUUCGAGCGCAGAUGAUGGGCCCGCAGCGGACGUGGCGGACGCAGGAUACGAUGUCCUCUCUCUGUCAUUGGUGCUCAACUACGUGCCCGACGCAACGGCGAGGGGCGAAAUGUUAAAGCGGACGACCCUGUUCUUCAAACAGUCGCGGCGUGAACGCCGUUCCUCGCCGCCGCCUCCGACGUCCCUUUCUCAUCUUCUCCUUAACGACGAGCACGACGAUGAGCACGACGAGCAACGUAACGAGACCGUCCAGCCAGGCGCCGCGGCGCCGUUGCUGCCCUGUCUCUUCCUUGUUCUCCCGGCCCCAUGUCUGGUUAAUAGUCGGUACUUGAGCGGCGCGCAUCUCGCGGCAAUGCUCAAUUCCCUGGGCUAUUGCCUCGUCCGGGCCAAGACGACGCGGAAGCUGCAUUAUAGUCUGUGGCGCUAUGAUGGCACGGCAGCGAGGGACGAGUGGGUGAGGAAGGGUGGGCAGACGGUGUUCAAGAAGAAGGAGAUCAAUCCCGGCCCAGGAAGGAACAAUUUCUGCAUCGUUCUCGACGGGGACGACGGCUCAUAG